UGCUUGGAAUGGUGCGAAAGUCUGCUUCAAGUUUACUGCUGCUGGUCGGCUGCAUUGCGCUGCUGGUCGCUCGACCGGCGUUCGCGCUGUCCAAGUGCGCAGUGGUCGCUCACUUGCACAACAUUGGCACCUUCUCCGCAAAGGACAUUGCAAAACUCACGUGCAUUGCACAACACGCAUCUGGAUUCGACCCGUCGCUGCAAGACCGAUCGAAGGGCCCGCAGACGCGCUGGGGACUGUUCGGAAUGGCCGAGUCCCAGUGGUGCAGCACUCAGUUUGGCGCAUCCACCGGCAACAAUGUUCGAGAUGUCAUACCCGUCGACACUCCUGGCAAUCAGUGUCAAGUCGCCUGCAAUGACUUGAUGAUUGCGUCGCAAAGCAUCCGAUGCGCGCGUAUUGCGAUUGGCAAGCAAGGUUUUAGCGCAUUUCCCGAGUACGCGGCCAACAAGGCAGACUGUGACAAUUACACGGUCGAUGAGUGCUCCAAGACGCGCAAGCCGCACGCGGCACCACGGCAAGAGCAAGUAUUUGUAGGCUCCCAUCAGAUGCCGCGUCAGGGAGACAAAGUUCAAAUGCCAUCUUCGGAACGCGAUGAAUUGUAGAGCACGAAGAAAGCACACAACCAAUGAAUGUAUUUUCAAAUUGUGGGGUUUUGAUCUAUUUCUGUGCAACACUGAACAAAUGAAACAGUCACCACCAACAAAAAAGAGAAAGGAGAUGAUGAACUCGGUCCUUUCUGC